CUGUCUCUGCAUUCCCGCUGGCUGGGGAGGGUCUCACCCAUACCCGCGGGAGGCUGCAGAGAUUUGAUAUGCUGGUGUUGUGCCCGCGGCACGCUGUACUGCCGAUGACGACACGAGCCAAUCAGACUUGCACGCAGGGCAUAACACAGUAAAUGGGAGAAUUUUGAUGCAGCUGCUUGGAUUGAGAGAGAGCGAGAGAGCGAGAGAGCGGCUGAGAUUCCAGCCCGUGGGUAGUCGCUGCCAUUGGAGAGAAUAAAGGAAUCAGUGGGGGGGAGAGAGCUGAGAGGGAAGGGACCGUCGCACACCUCGCUGGCUGGCAGGGCUGCAGUGAUGCCGGUGCCUAGAUGGAUUACAUGUGGAUUGACAGCCCGUACCUAAGGAUCAGAACCGUAUUGGAGGAGUCGGUUCCUGCUUGCGUGGUGGCACCGCUGGGAAUCCGCUGUGGGGAGCUGGAAGCCCACAAGGCCGCGCCAAUGGAGAACGUAUUUCUAGUAUUUAAGAAGGCGAGUCCAAAUGGAAAGCUGACCGUGUACCUGGGCAAGAGGGACUUUGUGGAUCACAUAGACGUGGUGGAUCCCGUGGAUGGGGUGGUGUUGGUGGACCCUGAGUAUCUGAAAGAACGGAAAGUAUUUGUGACGCUGACCUGUGCGUUUCGCUACGGCCGCGAGGAUCUCGAUGUGCUGGGCUUGACCUUCCGUAAGGACCUUUUUGUAGCCAACAUCCAAGCCUUCCCGCCCGUCCCUGAAGAGAAGAAACCCCUAACGAGGCUGCAGGAACGACUGAUUAAGAAGCUCGGCGAGCACGCCUACCCCUUCACCUUUGAGAUACCCCCAAACCUGCCCUGCUCUGUCACACUUCAGCCCGGUCCAGAAGAUACCGGCAAGGCCUGCGGAGUGGACUACGAGGUGAAGGCUUUCUGCGCGGAGAAUUUGGAGGAGAAAAUCCAUAAAAGAAAUUCAGUGCGUUUGGUAAUCAGGAAAGUUCAGUAUGCGCCGGAGAGACCUGGGCCCCAGCCAAUGGCAGAGACCACCAGACAGUUCCUUAUGUCCGACAAACCGUUACACCUGGAGGCAUCGCUCGAUAAAGAGAUUUAUUAUCACGGGGAGCCAAUUAAUGUCAACGUUCAUGUUACAAACAACACAAACAAGACUGUGAAAAAAAUAAAAAUUUCAGUGCGCCAGUACGCUGACAUUUGCCUUUUCAACACUGCCCAGUACAAGUGCCCUGUUGCCGUGGAAGAAGCUGACAAUGAUGUUGUUGCUCCAAGUUCCACGUUCUGCAAAGUCUACACACUGACGCCAUUCCUGGCCAAUAACCGAGAGAAGCGCGGCCUUGCCUUGGAUGGGAAACUGAAGCAUGAAGAUACCAACCUGGCCUCCAGCACUCUGUUAAGAGACGGAGCCAACAAGGAAAUCCUGGGCAUCAUUGUCUCAUAUAAAGUCAAAGUCAAGCUGGUCGUGUCUCGGGGAGGCCUUUUGGGAGACCUUGCAUCAAGUGAUGUGGCCGUCGAGCUGCCCUUUACUCUGAUGCACCCAAAGCCCACGGAGGAACCUCUGCACCGAGAAGUUCCAGAGAAUGAAGCCCCCAUAGAUACCAAUCUCAUAGAGUUUGAUACAAACGAUGACGACAUUGUCUUUGAAGACUUUGCCCGGCAGAGACUGAAGGGAAUGAAAGAAGACAAAGAGGAAGAGGAGGAAGGGACGAAUUCCCCUCUGAUGAACGACAGAUAAACUGGGCUCCAUUUCUACCUUUCACUGUGUUUAAACUCGUGGAUUAGGCGCCUCCGUUCCGAGCCUACCGAUAAUCCCGAUUCUGGCAGCCAUUAUUAUCUUUGUGCUGUUCCAUAAUUGUCACUCUGCAUCUUGCUACCUUGUCUUGAGUUCCGGCUCCACCGUCCCAAAACGAAACGUGAGAAUGGAAGAGUGCAAUCAUGGUCCGUGCAUCAAGUUCCGUAAAGGAGCCCUCGUAGCACUUUUGUAUUAAUCGAGUCUUUUACGCAUUUUGUAUAACUCCGGUCAGUAUCACGCGCCAGUAUUUGUAACGGAACGACUAGCGGUCAGGGUCUAUUCUGUAGCUUCAAUGGUUUCUGAAUUUCAAAAAAAAGUUGCAUUUUCUAAACAAAAAUAUUUCUUGACAGACCUUUGGUACAAGGGUUGGAGGCUCGGGUUGGAGGCUCUUCACAUUGGCCAUGAUAAUAGUCUCAUAGACUGGAGGGAAGAUGUCUAUCUAGAGCACUAGAGAUGAAUACACUCUAUUGUGUGGUAUCCAUCCCUCUGUAAUGUGCCCGUUGGGGAGAUUAAUACAUUCUAUUGUGCCUGUUGGGUGGUUAUGUCUCUAUAUGAAGUUUGGUAGUAGCCUCGGUAUUAAUCUCAUCUCCCUGGUUGUUAUUGUAACUUCUAAACCAUCUUCAAUAUGGUGCCACCCAAUGGUUCUUCUCUUAAACAACCAAAAGUCACAUUUAGUUUCAAAGUAUUGUAUUAAUGAUUAGAAGAAAUUGUAUUGAUUUGUUGACUUACUGGACAAUAACGUCCCCCGAGAGAAGCAAAUAUGGAUACCAUUUGUCAUGAAAUGGCUUUUGUUCUUAGUUUCUCAUCUCGUAGCACAUGUAUUGUUUCAUCCAAUGGUGCAAAUUUUAGGUAGAUUUAGGGCAAUUAUGGUAAAACCUCAUGCUAAUAUCUCAAAGUAGGAGACCUCUGUAGGGAGGUCAAUGAGCAAAUCAUCCAACUGAAAAAGAAUGUGUCCAUCAAGUUCAGGACUUGUAGAAAUCCUACUCAUCAGAAGCAGCCUCCAGGUCUCCUCCCAAUCAGAUCAGUCCCUGGAUCACCAUUGUGAGAAGAGUAAUCCUAUUGGUAGCCUUUUAUUUACUCUCUUACUAAAGAGACAUCCAACCCUGUCUCGAACCUUGUACCUUCCAGUCCGACCCCUUCAGGAACCGAAUUCUAUUACUUUACUAAAUCUUUUUGCACCUUCUGAUCUCAACGGACGCCCCUUGUUUCCCUUGGAAGGGGAAGCGAUAGUAUUGGACCUCUCAUAUAUAUUUAUACAAAGUGAUUGUAUCGCUGCGGUCCCUCCUCUUUGUCGGUGUAAACGAGCCCGGAUUAUACGUUUUUAGAAUGUUGCAUCACUGGAAUAGUUUGUGUUUUUCUGUAAUACUUGUUAGCCCCCCUCUGGUCUUAAUGAAAUUCAGGGGGUUAUCAGCUUG